AUGGCAGCCUUAUCAGUACAGUCGACACCAGCGGAAAAGAUCAAGUUGGCCCAGAUUUCCGUUGAGGAGUUUCAAAGAAUAAGUAAGGCAAUCAAAGAAGACGCGCAGCGAGAACUGGACUUCACUUUAACUGAGAAUAGUGUUCUCAUGUUUAGAGAUCGGCUAUGCGUACCUAGUGAUACUCAGUUGAGGAAGGGAGUAUUAUCUGAAGCCCAUGAUUCUCCUUAUCCAAUUUCCUCAGAGUGGAAGUGGAAGCAUGUUACCAUGGAUUUCGUCACUAGGUUACCCCGUACACCUAGCGACGUCAAUGCCAUGUGGGUGGUAGAUGACAGGUUGACGAAGACAGCUCAUUUCAUCCCUGUUAAGAUCACUUACUCGAUGGACGAGCCAGCUUGCUUGUAUAUUGACAAUGUGAUUUGA